AUAUUCGACGGAAAGAUGUGGCAACACUGUAACUUUUGACAGAGAUGUUAGAUCGAGUAACGACGUAGCGCGUUUGAAGCGUCAGUCGAAGGAAAUUUGUGCCAUGGAACAGUACACGCCACGCGAACGCUCUCAGAUUGUUGAAAUUUACAUUCAACAAAACAAGUCAAUUGUCGAAAUGGGAAACUGACUUGAAUGGCCACCGCGUUCACCAGAUUUAACGGCUCCAGACUUCUUUCUGUGGGGCUAUUUGAAAUCAAAGGUUUAUGUCAACAAGCCAAGGACCCUAGACGAACUUAAGACCAACAUCCGACAGGAAAUAGCCGCCAUAUCGGCCGAAACAUUGUUCAAAACGAUGGAAAACGCUGCAAAACGGGCACUACUCGCCAUGCAGGCUCAAGGCGAUCAUUUAAGAGAUAUCAUAUUCAACAAAUAAUGUACACAAAUCUCCUUGAACC